CGGAGAGACUCUCCUCUCCGCCGGGGGGGCACCAGGCGGUGAGUGUGUUCGAAGCUCGCCGAGUGAGAGGACAACUUGGAAACUUCGCCGCAUUUUGCCAGCAGGUUUCGGGCGAGCGGGAAGGCGACAUCGAGGCGGACAGUCCAGCCGGGCUCGACGGAGCGGGAAAACAUCCCGGUUGUCACGGCCAACAUGGACGACUUAGAUGCUUUGUUGGCGGACCUCGAGUCCUCGACGUCCCACACUUCCAAGCGUCCACUCUUCCUGUCCGAGGAGCCGGGCUACUCGCUCCCGGUUGGCAUUCAGACCCAGCAAGACAUCUGCUUCUCACCACAAGGCCCACCCAUUCCCUCCGAGAAAACACUCAACGGCGCACAGGAAACAGAAUUGUUCAGCUCGGAAAAGAGAAUUUUUCAGUCAAGAGAAACCAGCAACCCAGGUCAAUCCCCUGGAGAAGAAGACCACGUUUACAGUUUCCCCAAUAAGCAGAAGAGCAGUGAGUCUUCACCUGCCCUCCACAUGUCCCUGGGCAGCAAUCUGUCAGAACUGGACCGCCUCCUGUUGGAGCUCAACGCCGUUCAGCAAAGCACGCCUUCCUUCCCCACAGAAGAGGAGGCAGCUCCGCCUCUCCCCGCCAGUACCGUGGUGCGUAGUUUUCAGGAAAACGGCGUGUCUGUGGCAUCGAAGCCCUCGCCGCCGGACUUGGAGAAGCCCAAACGCAGCGCGGCAGCUCAAAGACCGGAGGACGCGCGACCAAGUGUGGCGAGCCUUCUGGAUGAGCUGGAGAGCUCGGUGCCCUCCCCCAUUCCGACUCCCCUGGUGGUCUCGGAAGGACAAGAGGAAGCGCCCGCACAGCAACAAGCAAGAAUGUCCGCUUCCUCUGCUACUCGAGAGCUGGAUGAGCUGAUGGCCUCCUUGUCCGACUUCAAUUCCGGCUCUCAGCUGUCAAUGAACCAAGAAGCCCCAGACCCCUCUGUGGUCCCCUUUGACCCUCCGUCCACAAUUACCCGUAAUGACUCAUCCGUGGAUGUUGAUGUAACAUCUAGUCACACCACACCCUCCUCUACCCCUGUUCCGCUGGAACUUCACAUCGACGAAGACGGUUGCACAACCCCUACCUUUUCAGCUGCUUCCCCGGUUGUGGUUACCUCAUCCAGAAAGGCAAAUAGUGGCUAUGUCACCUCUGAGAUCUCGCGUGUGGAGAGUCUCAGUGUUUCUAGUAACCCAAAGCAACCCAGUAUCUCUGCCAAAGAAGUCUCGACUAGUAAAGCCUCGAGUCAAGUUGGUGCUUGUUUAGUGGAUGUUUCCAAGACACCAAGUUCAUUUAUUGUGUCCAAAAAGUCCACUGCCACUCUUAAAACUAAAAGUACCAGCCCGGUCUUUCAACUAAGUUCCAGUCCAGUACCUGCAGGUCAUAGACAAGACACACUUGAAAAGAAUAAAAGUCCAAUACCACCAACAACAAGUCCAGAAACAUUGCCAAAGUCAACUAGCCCAGUAACCGUUCCAAUAUUGUCAGGUCAGGUUUCAAGUAGUGCAAGUCCUGUGACUACUUCUAGUCCCGAAACAGUUCCUAAGAGUCCAGUGUCAUUUCAAAGACUCCCAAGUCCACUUCCGAAGAUUGCUAGUCCUGUGACUGUCCGCAGAGACUCGAGUCCAGUGUCAUUUCAAAGACUCCCAAGUCCACUUCCGAAGAUUGCUAGUCCUGUGACUGUCCGCAGAGACUCGAGUCCAGAGACUUGCCCUAAAAACGUGAACCCACUCGUACUUCCCAAACUUCCAAGUCCAGCAACCAUCCGGAAGAGUGAAAGCCCAGCUCCCAAAAGUCCUGCCAUAGUCACCAAAAAGACUUACACUGUCGCAGACCCUAGUAGUUCCAGAAACUCCCCCAUUUUACUGUCGGCCGUGUCAUCAAAAACCCCCUCUUCCCCUCCUACUAAAAAGCAGCGGAGUGAAAUCCUGAACUUGACGUGGCCCUGCCGGGAGCCUUUGCUGGAUAAUGCCCUGGAUCAACUUUUAGCACCGGAUGACACCCAACAGCCCGCCCCCGUCACGCCCGGUGACGAGGACAAAGCGUGGGACGAAGACGAUGGCAGUUACCCAGAUGUGAGCCGAGAGGGGACCCUAACACCCACGACCGAAGCCAGUUGGAUGGAUGAGUGCUUCACCCCCUCCACCUGCCCGGGGACACCCGAUGCGACGCUGGACCUGCCGACCCAGCAGCCAUCCGCCGUUGAGCGUUUAUCUGCGUGCGGCCAACUGAAGUCGGUCAUACGCCGCACCAAAGAGACGGCCAACGUGCACCCCAUGUACCGGGACGGGGCGGUGCGGCGUAAAAUGGGACCCAUUAUUGUCAAUAAAAGCGCCUCGCAAGAUCAGCUCAUCGAGGAGCUGCAGGGGAAGCUGGGAAUCGGCCGGGUGGAACGGCGCCGUAAGCAGCGCUCCGACGAUUGGUUGACGGAGGGCGUCAUCGUGAUGUCGAAUCCACAGAGAACACGGGAGGAGAGGGCCCCCCCUCCUGUGGAUAAGAUCAUCAUCCCGCCCGACUCGCCCGUCCCUCAGAGAAAAGUUAUCUGUCCGCCAAAGUCCCCGCCGGCCCCCAAAAGUGUGCCCCCUGUAAAACAGACACCGCCGCCGCUGCCUCUGCCGCCUCCGCCUCCGACCCCUCCGCCUCCCCGGGAACCGACCCCUCCUCCUCCCAAGGAGCCCACUCCCCCCCCAAGGGAACCCACACGGCCUCCCGUCCUGCUCCCCCCGUCACCCAGCCCUCCUCCGCCCAAACCUGUCACCCCACCUCCGCCUCCAAAGGUGUUUCUAUCAGUGGGCUGUCAGACCGAGUAUGACCCCCUCUUCCCACCGAUGCAGAUCAAGUCCCAGGGAAAGACGUCCCCCACCGGACCCCUCAAACCAGCCAACAAGCUGGACAACAUGCUGGGGAGCCUGCAGUCGGACCUGAACAGACUGGGAGUCCAGACCGUGGCUAAAGGCGUGUGUGGUGCAUGCAACAAGCCCAUAGUUGGACAGGUGGUGACGGCCAUGGGGAGAACGUGGCACCCGGAGCACUUUGUGUGCACCCAUUGCCAGGACGAGAUCGGCUCCAGCAACUUCUUCGAGCGCGAGGGACAGCCCUUCUGCGAGAAGGACUACCACACUCUCUUCUCGCCGCGAUGCCACUACUGCAACGGACCCAUACUGGAUAAAGUGGUGACUGCCUUGGACAAGACUUGGCAUCCAGAGCACUUCUUCUGUGCCCAGUGUGGCUCCUUCUUUGGACCUGAAGGGUUCCAUGAGAAGGACGGCAAGGCCUACUGCAGGAAGGACUACUUUGACAUGUUCGCUCCCAAGUGCGGAGGCUGCUCCCGCGCCAUUUUGGAGAACUACAUCUCCGCCCUCAACUCCCUCUGGCACCCCGAGUGCUUCGUCUGUAGGGAGUGCUUCACGCCCUUCAUCAACGGCAGCUUCUUCGACCACGAGGGCCAGCCCUACUGCGAGGCGCACUACCACGAGCGGCGGGGCUCGCUGUGCUCGGGCUGCCAGAAGGCCAUCACGGGCCGCUGCAUCACCGCCAUGGGCAAGAAGUUUCACCCGGAACACUUUGUGUGCGCCUUCUGUCUCAAGCAACUCAACAAGGGAACCUUCAAGGAGCAGAACGACAAGCCCUACUGCCACGGCUGCUUCAUCAAACUCUUCAGUUAGUGGACACGCCUCAGACUAGUCACAAGUGCACGUGUUGGACUGGUCACAAGUUAGUGUACACACCUUAGACUAGUCACAAGUGCACGUGUUGGACUGGUCACAAGUUAGUGUACACACCUUAGACUAGUCACAAGUGCACGUGUUGGACUGGUCACAUGUUAGUGUACACACCUUAGACUAGUCACAAGUGCGCGUGUUGGACUGGUCACGAGUUAGUGUACACACCUUAGACUAGUCACAAGUGCACGUGUUGGACUGGUCACAAGUUAGUGUACACACCUUAGGCUAGUCACAAGUGCACGUGUUGGACUGGUCACAAGUUAGUGUACACACCUUAGACUAGUCACAAGUGCACGUGUUGGACUGGUCACAAGUUAGUGUACACACCUUAGACUAGUCACAAGUGCACGUGUUGGACUGGUCACGAGUUAGUGUACACACCUUAGACUAGUCACAAGUGCACGUGUUGGACUGGUCACAAGUUAGUGUACACACCUCAGACUAGUCACAAGUGCACCUGUUGGACUGGUCACAAGUUAGUGUACACACAUUUGACUAGUCACAAGUGCGCGUGUUGGACUGGUCACAAGUUAGUGUACACACCUUAGACUAGUCACAAGUGCACGUGUUGGACUGGUCACAAGUUAGUGUACACACCUUAGACUAGUCACAAGUGCACCUGUUGGGCUGGUCACAAGUUAGUGUACACACCUUAGACUAGUCACAAGUGCACGUGUUGGACUGGUCACGAGUUAGUGUACACACCUUAGACUAGUCACAAGUGCACGUGUUGGACUGGUCACAAGUUAGUGUACACACCUCAGACUAGUCACAAGUGCACCUGUUGGACUGGUCACAAGUUAGUGUACACACCUUAGACUAGUCACAAGUGCACGUGUUGGACUGGUCACGAGUUAGUGUACACACCUUAGACUAGUCACAAGUGCACGUGUUGGACUGGUCACAAGUUAGUGUACACACCUCAGACUAGUCACAAGUGCACCUGUUGGACUGGUCACAAGUUAGUGUACACACCUUAGACUAGUCACAAGUGCGCGUGUUGGACUGGUCACAAGUUAGUGUACACACCUUAGACUAGUCACAAGUGCACGUGUUGGACUGGUCACAAGUUAGUGUACACACCUUCGACUAGUCACACUUGCCUGUACAACCUCUCAGGCUUUUUGCUACAUCGGCUUGUUUUUUAACAUAGAUUUUAUGCGGCGUGUUCAAAUCUGUGUUGACUUAAAGGGGAAGUGCACUAUUUUGUCGGGGGAUUGAUUGUUCACAAUCAUUAUGCGUGUUCCUACUUCCGGAAGCAAACGCCAGCGUGUUUUAAUCAUGGCGAACGAAGGCAACUGUUGUCAGGUUCAAACACUGAUGACAUCUAUUAAACAAGACAAGAAGCAAGGAAUUAAACCAAGACAGAAUUCAAUUUAGCUCAAUUGAGGAGAAACGUCUGGGCUGUACUCUUUGUACAGUCUCCCACCACACUCUGACGAAAGAUUGUAUGUCUCCUCUUUUAUUUGGACUUUCCCUACUUACAUGGCAACAGCUGUUUCUAAAGGCACGGGGGUACUAAACAGCCGCUGCCUUUUGUCACAAAACUGUUAAAAAAAAAAGGUGCCUGGACGGGGGUCAGGUCCUGCUUUUUCCCCGCUUUGGAGACAAAAUCUUCCUGUGGGUUACAAUACAUCAAAUAAACCGACACCUUCAUGUCGCUUCCUAUCCUACACAGUGGAGGUUUGCAAGCCUUUUGCUCGGUAGGAUCAAAGACAGCUUUUUGUCUGCUCGCCGCAAACUCGUUGAAACACAAAGUUUUGUGACAACUUAGAUACAAUUAUUCUGACAACUAUUUUUGGACAAACCUUAUCUUUUUGAAGCUGAAUAUACAUAGGAUGAAGUGUGAGACUUUGGCGCUGUAAACGUGGAACUUGAAGCCGAGUUAAUUCGACAUAAAUGGAGUGCUUACCCGAAUAAAGUGGGAACAUUAUAAUUUACACGCACAACUGUCCAUCGGGUGAGUCACACUUAUCAUGCGUGUUAGUACAACUACAGUAUAUACACAAAAGAUGACAUAAUACUUUACAGAUACUGUAAUGUGAUUGGUUUUCAGACAGUACAGAUUGGCGUCUUAUCGCUUUGUGUCGUGUAUUAAAAACUCAAACGUGUUGACCUAGAAGUUAGCUCAUCUCUUGCCUUAGUUAGCUUUUACAGCUAAUACCAAAUCACGCCGAUGUGUUAGUACGCCAGAAAAAUAGUUCCUCAGUGUUGUCUCUUACAAUAACAAUGUAGUAGAGUUUGUUAUUAUCCAGCUUAAACAAGAUAAACAAAGUAUUGUUGCCGGUGCUUGAAAGCAUUUUUAAAGUGAUUUAGAGGUAGAAUUGAUUGCUAACAUUAGCCGCUAAGAAGGAGCCGAUUUUUACAUGGUAAAAUGCAAUAAAAAAACAACAACUUUAGUCUCCUUUCAUAAUGAUUGUGAACAAAGAAAAAGUGCACUUCCCCUUUAAGAGCGGGGGCUGACUACACAAGUCCGCAUAUUUUGCGUGGCCAAUCAGAGUCUUGGAGGACAAAAAAAAAAACUUGGCGCUCUCUUGAUGAGACGAUCUUGUAGCGGGUUUUAAAAUUUAGUCGGCUUUUAUUUUUCUACUCUAACAAUACCAAAAUGAUGGAGCUUUUUAAAAUAUCAGCAGUUUUUUUAAAACUUUAGAACCACGUCGAUCCUUUUUCUCCCUCUUUCUUCCGUGCCAUCGCUAGGGAGAAAAAAAAGUAUAUUUUACUCAUUUCUAGUCGUAAUAUCUAAAAUUAAAAGUCGUUGGAAUACCGUAUUUCCUUGAAUUUCCGCCAGGGCGCUAAUUAAUUUAAAACCUCUUCUCAAGGCAUGUGGUAAAUUUAGGCCUGCCUUUAUAAAUUUGAGUGUGAUGUAAGGAUACCAUCAUGAAAAGCACAUUUAAUUAAAAAAAAACUUUAUUAUGGUCUUACCUUUACUUAUAAAUGAAGUCCAUGCUCAGCUCCUUCUGAUCAAAAGCAUUUAUAACUUGUUUAUAAAAGUCUUCCUUAUCUUUCUUCAGUUUUAAAAGUCUCUGUCUCGAUGGAGAUCUUUCUUUAUUACCUCCUGCUUCGAUUGAAAGUCCAGUUUAGAAAACUGUUUUAUUUUAGAUAUGUAAUCCUCCGUGUUAAAAGUGCAAGCGAGAGGAAGAAAUAAACUCUUGCUGCUUGUUGUCACUUCUUCUGCAGCCGAGUAGUCGCAAGAAGGAUCACUAGCGCCCUCUACCACCAGGAAGCGGGAGUCAUUUAAUGACUCAUAUUUGACACACGCAGCUACGGUAUAUUAAUAAAACAUAGCUGCUUAUUGUUCUUUUUAGCAUAUUCAAUAGCUUGGACCUUAAAUCUUACUGAAUAGCUCUUAAUCUUCUUCCCUUUAUGCGAUUUCAAAUGAUUGAAAUCAGCCUCCUCCAUUUUGAAAAUGGUGACAGGUGAAGUGUCACUCGAGACGUGACGAGUUUGACCCUGUGGAAAUUCGAGGCAUAUGCUAAUUAUUUGGCGAAACAAGUUUGACCCAGCGGAAAUUAUAGACAUGCGCUAAUAGAAAUAAUAUUUUGCGAAACGAGUUUGACCCGGCAGUAAUUCUAGGCAGGCGCAUACUAUAUACUUGGCGGCAAUUCAAGGAAAUUCAGUAUUCAUUUUUCAGUGAGAUCUAAAAACUAGUUUUAGGCAACGGAUUUUACGGGGAUAAAAUACUACUUUUGACACACGAAUUCCCCAUGCAGUCGUAUUUUUGUCUCAUUCCUGUGAGAAUCCUGCAUGCGACUGAAGCCUUCGGGAGUGGGGCUGGCUGCAGUGUGCUCAAACAACCACCGGGUGGCAUCUGGGAUCGGAUAAUACUCUUAUUUCUUUCUAUAAUACUUUAUUAUCUCUUUCUCUUUCGGACUUCGCAUUCUUCGCUGCAAAUGGAGCAAAAGUACAACUUGUUGAAAAAAAUUUUUUUGAAUUAAUCGCAAUUUUUAUGUGUAACAAUUCUUAAUUUUUUUUUUUUUUCAAUCUGUCCAGUUGAGCCACUUUAUUAAAAGUUUGUGUAGAAUUUUAUUCAACAAAACCAUUUUUCUUUUAAGUAAAAUAAAAAUUGAUCAGAGUCGUUUAUCUAUUUUAUGGAGAAAUGGAGUCAAUCCAGCACCCAAUGUUAUUAAAAAGUAUUGAUUUUUGAAUCGGGAAUCGAUUCUGCAUCGAACCACUCCCAAGAAUGGAAUGAUGUGGUGGCCAAAGAUCACCAGCCCUGUUACCUAGUGGACUACUAAGUGGCGCUAAAACGUUUUUUUAUUGCCAAUUUCUGGAUCACUUUUAGGUUUUUAAAACUUCAAUACGUCUUAUUUCAAGACAACUUUUUUUUUUAAGAGUGGCUUAUUUUUCCAGUGAUUCAUUUCAAAAUAAAAGUAUAAAAGGAACACCUUUUAUUACAAAAAUGUUUAAAAAAUGCAGAGAUUUUCCCUCUAUAUUUAUGCACAAUUUCUAGAAUCCGGUGCAUAUUUUGACUUCUUCGGUGUGUUUGAAUACAAAAAAAUGUGUGUGUGGGGGGGUAUUUUUUAUUUUUUUUUUAAUGACAAAAGUACUAAAUAUGCAAUAUUUUCCCCUUAACUUUGAUUGAACUUAAUUGUUGCUUUUUUCGCCCAAAAGAAAUCUGCCCCAAAAAAAUUUCUCAGGGACCCAAAACGGUCCGUCUAAAAACAUGAUUUCAAAAUAACAUUAUUUUUACUUUCAAUGCUCAAAUCUCAGGAUCACCUAUUGUCAAGCUAUUGUCCAUGUUUUGGGUUUUUCCUUUUUGUAAAAAACAAAAAAAAUUUUUUUUUUAUUGCUAAAAUACACAACAUUUUAAAGUGGAUUAUUUAAUUUGAAGUAAUUGAAGCCCUAAAUUGGUCAAUUAUUCAUAACUUUUUUUGACCGGUCAUAUAAAAAAAUCUGCCUAAAAAUUCUCAGAAGUCCAAAGAAUAAAAGUGUUUAAAUAUAUUUAAAUUAUUUUUACUUUUAAGGCUUAAUUCUUAGGAUCCGCUUCCAAUUCGAUUUGUAAAAAUGAUCAUUGUUUUUAUUGCAAAAACACAAAAUCAUACAAUCUCUUUACUCCAAAACAAAAUUGAAGAUGGAAUAUAUUUUUCAGUGUGUUUGAAUACAAAAAUGGGGUGGGGGACAGGGGGGGGUGUGCAUGCUACCGUCGUUUACUGUUUUAUGAACAACGUCUGCCACGAUCCACAAUCCAUGUAAUGUGACAGAAGUGUUUUGAUGAGAGCUGGCUCUACUGGCCUGCAGGCUAGACCAUAGUCCAGUACUUUAAAGUCCUUUUUUUUUUUUUUUUUUUUUUAAACCACAAAACUCACCGACGACGUUCCGAGUGCUGCACGUUGUGGGACUUUUUUGGCCUCGUUUGGUGUUAGUGUGAGGUCACGUGCCAAAGGUGUGUCUGCAAUAAGGUGAGACUCAAACACUGUGUCGGGUUCAGGUCUUCUGGGGACAGAAUCGAGGAAGACUUGGUCUGCUGUGCCGCGUCUUCUUCCCCUGAGAAGAAGAUGACCGACUCUCCAUCCUGCUGAUUUUAACUUAGAGUGCAAAUAUUACCAGGAAUUUUAUCUGAUUUGUAUCAUGGAUUUCUUAGUUACCUCUUUGAUUGGGGAUGUCUGCUUUAAAUGAGAUUAAGUGGAAUACAAACAGUCCAUUUAUUUUAUGCUUGGGUGCUACAGUUUUUCAGCUGACGUGAGCGCCGUGCAAAUAAAAUAAACUCUUUAUUUCUG